AUGUAUGACUUGCCAUACAACGUCUUGAACAAAAUCGUUCAUUAUACAGACAGAAAUGAACAAGUGGCUCUUGCACAACUAAAUCUGGAACUCUACCACGUCGUUUGCUCUAAGCUCUACCAAACAAUAAUUGUUGUGGAUGAUGAUCACAAAAUUUCUCUGAUUGGGAACCUUUCAUCCACUUUGAUCCGAAUCUCGGAUUUGGCCACAUUCACAGGUUGUUUAAAUACACGAAACUUUCAGUUUGUUGACAAGAUCAUCAUCAACACGCAUAGCGCUGAAGCGUCAGCCUCGCUUGUUGGAUUUUUUCACAGGCUUGCACAAUUGUGGAACAUGACAAACCAUGUGAUCAGCUUCAUCAAUUAUGACAUAUUGUCUCUUCGUGUUUCAGACUCAUUGAACAACUACUUGGAACUGAACUCUAUUCAAUUCGCGGAAUAUGAUGAUGGCGACUGUAUUCUAGCGCAGAAGAGUCGCAAGAUUCAAAACUUACGCCAUUGGUUUAUGUUCCAUAUUCAAGACCUUCUUGUGGCCCCCGCUAGCGAUAAUUUGCAAAGAUUGGGUCUCUACGUUGAAAGCAACAAUUAUCAGGGGAAUGCAGAUGAAGGUUAUACCAUUGAAAAGCCCAACUAUGACAAUGUGAGGCGUAAUUUGUCUUCCUUGCUGGAGCUUUUCUUGCAUUCAGCAUUGGCGUUUGUCAAGUUUCUGGAUUUAAUACAGGACUUGCGUAUACCCCAAUUACAGUUGCGGCGGCUUUCAAUCACAAGCACUCAUCGUCUAAGAAAUGAUGCAAUGCUUAAUUUUCAGCAAAUAAUUCGCCAAUUCAACCUCAAUAAUUUAGAGGAAUUGGAACUCAAAGUAAGCUGCGCUCGCCACCAUGAGUGUCAAGACCUGUGCAUGGUUAGAUUUUUUUCCGAUUGGAAAACCUACAACAUCAUACAUGGAUACAAAUCCAACGUCCGGAAACUCUCUCUUGUUCACCACAAGUCGCUCUCUGAGACUGUUCAGUUUAAAAGAAUUGUGGAGGAACAGAUAUUCGACCUGCAUUUCUCAAACAUCAAGGAAAUUUACUUGAAUCUUUCAAAUACGGUGCGCUCUCCUGGACCAAGCUUGAGCAUUGAUGUUAACAAGGUCAUUGAUAGAUUGACUAUGGUCCCUGAACUUGAAGCUCUUCACAUUUCGAGUUACAUGAGCGAGUGGAUCUGGACCCCUCCACAUCACUCAGAACUGCUCACAUACCUCGAUACCCUUGCAAACAGGUGCAAAUGUCACGAGUGCCAAAUGACAAGGGCCAGCUUUGUGAAGUUGGCUGAGCUAGAUAAAGCGAAGAAUUAUAGCCAUAAGUUGUCAUUCGAAGAUACCAGUACUCGUCCUUUCUCCCCGGACUCUUCGAUAGACUUCAUGCGCGUUGAAAAUUAUAAGUUUUUACAAUACGUUUGCGGGAUUAUCAGGCUGCAAGAGUUAAUUAUGGAAAGAAAUAUCACGAGCUCCGGAACUAUGUUGGACAUGGAGUACAUGCCAGAAUCCCAAACUUGCGAAAUCGAACCUUUCAAAACCCUCAUACAGCAUUCGUGUCUCAAUGAGAUUCACGAGCUCAUGACAAGCCGUGCUUGCCAGCUACGGAAAGUGAACUUUGGUGGGAUCAUUUUUUGCAAGUAG